AUGCCUCAUAUGAUAAAUGAUAUAAGCCAUAUUCAAAUUGGUGGUAGAAAAAGUAAAUUAGCAGUUAUACAAUCAGAAUUAGUUAAAAAAGCUAUUGAAGAGACUUCAAAUAUACCAUGUUCCAUACUAGCAUUAUCUACUUUGGGUGAUAAAGUACAAACACAACCAUUAUAUACAUUUGGAGGUAAAAGUUUAUGGACAAAAGAAUUGGAAAUUUUAUUAUUAGAUGCCAUAGAUGAAUUUCCAAAAUUAGAUGUUAUAGUACAUUCAUUAAAAGAUAUGCCAACUAAUAUACCAGAAGGAUUUGAGUUAGGAUGUAUUUUUAAUAGAGAAGAUCCAAGAGAUGCCAUAGUUAUGAAACAAAAUAGUGCAUACAAAUCUUUAAAAGAUUUACCAAAAGGUUCAAUAGUUGGUACUUCAUCAAUAAGAAGAUCUUCACAAUUAAUUAAAAAUUAUCCACAUUUAAAAUUUGAAUCAGUUAGAGGUAAUAUUCAUACAAGAUUAUGUAAAUUAGAUGAUGAAAAUAAUGAAUAUCUGUGUUUAAUAUUAGCAAGUGCUGGAUUGAUAAGAUUAGGUUUAAGUGAUAGAAUUACUAGUUAUUUAGAUGAUAUGUAUUAUGCUGUUGGACAAGGCGCACUUGGUAUUGAAAUUAGAAAAGAUGAUGAAAAAAUUAAAUCUGUAUUGAAAAAAAUUGAAGAUAAAAAGGCAACAAUAUGUUGUUUAGCAGAAAGAUCAUUAAUGAGAUAUUUAGAAGGUGGAUGUUCAGUACCAUUAGGUGUUCAUUCAGAUUAUAAUGAAAUAACAAAUGAAUUAGUAUUAAAAGGAAUAAUAGUUAGUCCCGAUGGUACAAAAUAUAUUGAAGAUGAAGUUAAAAGUGUAAUAAAAGAAAGACAAGAUUGUGAAUUAAUAGGUAUAACGUUAGGAGAUAAAUUAAAAGCAAAAGGAGCAAAAGAAAUAUUAGAUGCAAUUGAUAUGAAUAGGAAUAUUAAUGCAAGACCAACAGAAGUAUGA